AUGGAUGAGGUAUCUAUUAUUCUACUCGGAGAUGGGACCAUCAAAUCAGGAGUACGUGACAUUGUGCUGCACCUGAAAGGAAGUCACUAUCUAGAAAGAAUUAAUGAAUGUCAUCCGUCUUACUUGCCUUUGCAGUAUGUUUUUUUGUUCCCAUACAACGAGUUGGGUUGGGAUCCGGACAUGGUUCGUUGGAAUGUUGAACUCAAAAAAUCCAUGCAGAAACGACUAACCCAAAUGGAUUAUUCAACAAUUCUUAUGGGAGCAAUGAUUUUUCAAGAAUUUGUUGUCGGCGCAUGUGCGGCCACUGAACAAAAUCGUCUUGUAUAUAUGCAACAUGGUCAACUUAAAUUGCGUGCUCAAAAUUACAAGAAAAUAUACAAGAUUGCCGCCUCCAAUCAAAAUCAUGCUGAAGCCGAACAACCAUUGAUCUUACCAUCCUCAUUCACAGGUGGUCCUCGAUAUAUGUACGAGAUAUACCAGGAUUCCAUGUCCAUAACCAUGUACAACCAUCACCCAGAUAUCUUUCUCACUAUGACAACGAAUCCCAAUUGGGAAGAAAUAAGGGGUUCUUUGUUCCCGAACCAACGACCGCACGGAAGGCCUGAUUUAGGGCCUGUUUGGACCUUAGUAUCUAGAGUAUUUGAGUUGAAGCGUAAAGCACUGAUGAAUGAGAUACAAGAAAACAUAGUAUUUGGAUCCACGGUGGCACGUGUAUACACAAUCGAGUUUCAAAAGAGAGGCUUUCCCCAUAUGUACGUGCUGAUUUUCUUGGACAAAGCUGAUAAGAUCCACACACCAGCGUAUAUAGAACUGGGCUUAUUGGAAGAUGAUGGAUAA